AUGCGGAUAGAAGAACUCGUUAUCGAGGGCUUCAAAUCGUACCCUGUGAGGACAACCAUAACAGGAUGGGACCCUUCUUUCAACGCCAUUACAGGCCUCAAUGGCUCGGGCAAGUCCAACAUCCUCGACGCGAUAUGUUUCGUUCUCGGCAUUACCAACAUGUCACAGAUGCGUGCUGCGAAUCAACAAGACUUGAUCUACAAGCGUGGACAAGCUGGCGUGACGAAAGCUAGCGUCACCAUCGUCUUUGACAACUCGGAUCGUGCAAAGAGUCCAACGGGGUAUGAGGCCUGCAAGCAGAUUACAGUGACCCGUAUCAUCGCAAUGCCAAACCUCACAAAGUACCUCAUCAAUGGCCACAAGUCCAACCAAGCAUCCGUCCAAACCCUCUUCCAGUCCGUCCAGCUGAACAUCAACAACCCCAACUUUGUUAUUAUGCAAGGCCGAAUCACUAAAGUCCUAAACAUGCGUCCACAAGAGAUCCUAGGCAUGGUAGAAGAAGCCGCAGGAACCCGGAUGUUCGAGGACCGUAAAGACAAAGCCAAGCGGACGAUGGGCAAGAAAGAAAAACGCGUAGCAGAAAUUACCUCUCUCCUCCACGAAGAGAUAAUGCCCAAACUCGAGAAACUACGGGCUGAGAAAAAGUCAUUCCUCGCAUAUCAAAAGACCGUGAGUGAGCUUGAGCGGCUCACGCGCAUUGUUAUCGCCUGCGAGUGGCUUUCCAAGAGGGAACUGGUCGAGGAAAGAGAGAAUGACAUCAAGGAGAAGGAGCAGGAGCAGGAGGACGUGAAAAAGGGGAAGAAGCGGUCAACGAAGGAAAUGGAGGCUGCAGAGAAAGAUCUCGCAGCUGUUACGAAGAAGAGGAACGAUGAGAUGAGUAAGGGAGGUAAGCUGAAGAAAUUGCAAGACGAAGUGGAUCGGCUAGGGAAGGAUCUGGUGCUCGUCAAGACACAGGCGGAAAUCAAGGAAGAGUCGAUUAAAAAGGAGGAGGAGAAUGUCCAGACGCUGGUUGAUGAGCUCCAGGAGCUGGAGGGAUCCAUAACCGAAAAGCAAGCCCAAGUAGCCCAGCUUCAAUCUUCCUACAAGACAGUAAACGACUCGCACACCGCCCUCGAAACGACGUUAUCAACAGCCGAAGAACUCUUACAAACCCUCCUCACGGGCUUAUCAUCCAAAGGAGCCAAGAACACAGGAGGAGGGUACAUGGGCCAACUAGCUGAAGCCAAGCAACGGAUGGCACAAGCCGCUGCCGAGGAGGAACAGUCCAAAGUCAAGUUGGGGAUGGCUGAACAGGAGCUGGGGACACUCAAAGGACGGAUGAAAGACUUUGAGAGGGAGGCGAGGGAUAGUAAGCGGAAGGUGGAGGCGAUGAGGGGGACUGUGGAGGGUAUUAAGAGCAAGAUUGCGAAAUGUGGUUGGAGCGCGGAGAAGGAGGGGGAGGGAGAGGCGAAGUUGCGCGAAGCGAAGGGCGCUGUGAGGAAUUUGGGCGAGCACAGGGAUAGGGUCAAGCAUAACCUUAGCAGGCUGAAUUUUGACUACACGAACCCUACCCCCAACUUUGACAGGAGCAAAGUCAAGGGGCUAGCAGCGCAACUCAUCACUCUCCCAGAAGAGCACUACGACAAAUCGACGGCACUGGAGAUCGCUGCUGGUGGUAAGCUGUUCAACGUCGUUGUGGAGAACGAAAUGAUCGGCAAGGACUUGUUGAAGAAUGGGAAGCUCAAGAAACGCGUGACGCUUAUCCCACUGAAUAAAAUCAGUCCGUUCACUCUGCAUCCCAGGAAACUCGAAGCAGCACAGAGGCUUGCACCUGGAAAAGUGCGCACGGCGCUUUCCCUCGUUGGGUACGAAGAAGAGGUGGCCAAAGCCAUUGCUUACGUCUUCAACGACACCCUAGUCUGCGACGAUGCAGAUACUGCAAGGAAAGUCACCUUUGCCAAGGACAUCCUCACCAAGUCUGUGACACUCGAAGGGGACGUGUACGAUCCGUCUGGCACACUCAGCGGAGGCUCUGCGCCUACUGGGAACCGGAUCCUCGUAGAUGUCCAGGAGCUCUUACAGGUUGAAGGCAAGUUCAAAGACGCCCAAGCCCGCCUUGCGUCUCUUGAGAGGGAGGAGGAGAGGAACAGGAAGGCGAGGGAGAGUUGGAAGCAGCUUGCUAGAGAGCUGGAGAUCAAAGAGCAUGAGUUGAAGUUGCUCGAGGAGCAAGUUGUUGGGAGUAAUGCUUCGCGGAUUGCUACUCAAGUCGAAGAAGCCAAGCAGCUUAUCAUUGAUCUGCAGACCGCCGUACAAACUGCGAAAGAUAAGCAAGCCGCUGCGCAGGUGGAAUGUCAGAAUCUCGAACGUGACAUGGCAGAGUUCAAGAAUAACAAGGAAGGCAAGAUCGAAGAACUCAAGGCCAGCAUAUCGAAACAGAAAGCCAGUCUCCAAAAACACGCGGUCACUGUCAAGGUACAACAGAAAGAGCACCAUACGGCUACACUUGAGCUUGAACAGCUCGAAAGUGAUCUAGAGGGUGAGAGGAAGAAGCUCGCAGAAGCCCGGUCAGGGAUCGAGAGUAUGCGCGUGGAGUUGCAGAAACUCAAUGAACAGGUGUCGAGAAGAGAGAACGCCCACGCACAAGCGGCAGUUAAGCUCGAGGAAGAGCUGGCUACGCUUGGUCGGUUCGACACGGAACUCAAGGAGCUUGAGCGCGUAAUCAAAGAGAAAAAAGAAUCUAUUUCUCAAGCUGAGAUUACGCUGAAAGAGAUCGAGCAUGCCGUUGGAAACUUGCAGAAGGAGAAAGUCACUGCUGGGAAUGAUAUCGUCAAGUUGCAGAAACUCCAUCCGUGGAUUGAAGAGGAUAAGGAUCAAUUUCAGGUCGAAGGCUCUCAGUACCAUCCAGGUCAACGUGACAUUGGUGACCUUAACUUAAAGGUCAAGGAGCUGGCAGCCUCGCAAACUGGGAUGAAGAAGAAGAUUAACCCCACUGUGAUGAACAUGAUUGACACCGUGGAGAAGAGGGAAGUCGAUCUGAAAAAGAUGUUAAUGACUGUGAUGAAGGACAAGGAAAAGAUUGAGAAGACGAUUGAAGAGCUUGACCGGUAUAAACGGGAUGCGCUUCAGAAGACUUGGGAAAAGGUCGAUGGGGACUUUGGCGGUAUCUUUGCAGAACUGUUGCCCGGAAACUUCGCAAAGUUGCAGCCGCCGGACGGCCAAGAUCUCAUACAAGGCCUUGAAGUCAAGGUUCGGCUUGGUACUGUGUGGAAGCAGAGCCUAACAGAACUGAGCGGGGGACAACGAUCACUCAUUGCACUCUCCCUCAUUAUGGCGCUUCUUCAAUUUAAACCGGCGCCGAUGUAUAUUUUGGAUGAGAUCGACGCAGCGCUGGAUCUAUCGCAUACCCAGCAUAUCGGCCAGCUGUUCCGAACCCGUUUCAAGGGGUCGCAGUUUAUUGUUGUGUCGUUGAAGGAAGGUUUAUUCACGAAUGCGAAUGUUCUCUUCCGGGCUAGGUUCCGAGAUGGCACGUCUAUUGUGGAGAGAACCGCGCAGAGGUCGACGUCGGCUUUAUAUACUAAUGGGGAUCGGGAGGAUGAGGAUGAUAGUAGUCGGAAUCCGGGGCGGGGUAGGAGAGCUGGUUGACGUUAGAGCUUGGUAACUGAUGUAUGGCUUUGAUAUUGUGUGUUAAUGGUGUAAUAUAUUAUUUUGAGAGC